UCCAUAUCCGUUUCCUUUCAGUUGACAUGGCUAUUUCUGUGCAGUUUGAUUCAGUUUGUUAGCACACUUUGUUGUAUUUUGCGAUUACAAACACAAAACAACGAUGCAGUAUCUGUGUAAAGCUGUAAUGUAUACAUACUAGUAUUACAGCUUUGGAGGUAGGUCAGAUGUUUACUGGGAACGAUGUGAAGUCAAGUCUGGAAAAUGUCAGCUGAAGACCUGCAUCUGAAAACCAAUAUGUCGCUCGGUGAUAAAUCAUGUUUUCAGUGUGAAGUCUGCUCAAAGAGUUGUAAAGCCAAGUCCUAUCUAGAAACACAUAUGCGUGUUCAUACAGGUGAAAAACCUUUCAGGUGUGGAAUGUGCUUAAAGGAUUUCUCAACCAAGAGUAACAUUAAAAACCACACACGUGUCCACACUGGAGAAAAACCUUUCAGGUGUGGAAUGUGCUUAAAGGAUUUCUCAAACAAGCGUAACAUUAAGAAACACAUGAUGAUCCACACUGGAGAAAAACCUUUCAGAUGUAUGACAUGCUUGGAAUGUUUCCCCUUGAGGUCUUACCUAAAACAGCAUAUGUUGAUUCAUAAGACACCUAUCAAAUGUGAAGUGUGCAUGGAAUGUUUUCCUUAUGGUUCCAGGUUAAAACAACAUAUGUUGAUUCACACUGGCGAGAAGGCUUUCAAAUGUGAAGUGUGCACGAAAUGUUUUACGAAGAGGUCCCACUUGAAGGAACAUCUGCGGAUUCAUACUAGGGAGAAACCUUUCAAAUGUGAAGUGUGCAUGAAAUGGUUCACGCGAUAUUCCCACUUAAAACAGCACAUGCUGAUUCAUACUGGCGAGAAACCUUUCAAAUGUGAAAUGUGCACAACAUCGUUUAGGCAGAGUUCCAACUUGAAACAGCAUAUGUUGAUUCAUACUGGUGAGACACCUUUCAAAUGUGCAGUAUGCAAAAAAUGUUUUUCACAUAAUUCCUUUUUGAGACGGCAUCUUUUGAUUCAUGAUGGGGAGAAACCUUUCAAAUGUACAGUAUGCAAAAAAUGUUUUUCACAUAAUUCCUUCUUAAGACGGCAUCUUUUGAUUCAUAAUGAGGACAAACCUUUCAAAUGUGAAGUGUGCACAAACGUUUUUAUGCAUGGUUCCAACUUCAAACAACAUAUGUUGAUUCAUACUGGCGAGAAACCUUUCAAAUGUGAAAUGUGCCAAAAAUGUUUUAAACAGAGUUCAUGGUUGAAACAGCAUUUGCUGAUUCAUACUGGCGAGAAACCUUUCAAAUGUGAAGUGUGCAAAAAAUGUUUUACAUAUGGUUCCAACUUGAAACAACAUAUGUUGAUUCAUACUGGUGAGACACCAUUCAAAUGUGAAGUGUGCACAAAAUGUUUUGUGUAUCGAUCCAAAUUGAAACAACAUAUGUUGAUUCAUACUGCCGAGAAACCUUUCAAAUGUGAAGUGUGCACAAAAAGUUUUACACAGAGAUCCAGCUUGAAACAUCAUAUGGUGGUUCAUACUGGCGAGAAACCUUACAAUGUGAAAUGUACAAUAAAAUAUAUAUAAAAAUAAAACCCCCCCCCCCCCCCCCCCCCAAAUAAAUAAAUAAAUAAAUAAAUAAGAUAAUACUAAAACAAAAACCUCAAACAACUCAGAUUUAUCGGAAAAUGGUUUCGUUAAACAAAACAAACAACAAGCAUGUUAAAUCAUACUGGUGAGCAAUAUUUUAAUUGUUUAGUUGCUGAAUUGCUUUUAAACAGUGAACACUCAGGACUCGACAGUUGCAGUAGUAGGUGUGUUACACACUUCCGGCGACCACGCCUACCCUGCCUACCAGAUUCUCAAAACCAGUGUGUUGACUGUCUGAUAGAAUUUUCUAUAAUUAUAUUAAAAUUUUAUUUCCAGUACCAUUACAGAAAACAUUCUAUUAAUUAAUUGUAUAUAUGUAGGUCUUCUGUGUACUGCAUUCGGGGCAGUUUCGUGAGAAUAAAAGUAUUGUAUUU